AUGUCCUUGACGUACAAUCUUCCCGACUCCGCUUCACUUGCGUUGACGGACUCAUAUCCCCCCCGGACCUAUCGAGGAUUCAAUGAUCUCAAUCAGGCCAUCAUGGCCGUUUGGGACCGGCUGAGACAGCGGGACGCAGACCAAUUUCUUUCAUUCAAGCACAUAUCACCAAGCUCAUUUCUUUACGUGGAGAACAACCGUAAUAGGUUGCAUAAACCUGUCCGAGUUACCUACUAUCCGGAUAUUCAGACUAUGAUCAUCAAAGUCCCGCUGCCGCCACACGAGAAGGCGCAUCAGUUAAUUUCAAGUAAGACAUUAUCCAUCUUGGAUAACAUGGGGAUCGACUGGGAUCAGCAACUGCCCACAGGUUCCGCCACACACACUGCGCAAUCGCGCUCCCAGAAACAAGGCGACUUCUCGUCUAGAAAUAGCACUUUGAGACCCAACGAAGAUAGUGACUGGCCGCCCCACUGGAUCAUUGAAGCUGGCCUGUCUGAAUCACUCCGUCGGCUGCGUCAAGACAUAAAUUGGUGGAUUGGAAACUCCGGUGGACAAGUCUUCUUGGCCUUGCUAGUUAGAGUUGACCGCGCGGCGAAGAAAAUUACGAUAGAGAAGUACUUCCCGCAGAUCAGACAAAGACCCAGCACUCGAGCCCAAACCGUCGCCGGCGCGAUCUAUGUGAAGCGACUCGUGACCACUACUGUGAUAGACAUGAGGACAACUCCCCCUUCUGUCCAAGGCGGCCCAUUGGUGCUGGACUUCGAUCAUUUGGUCGGUCGUCCGGCUGUUGCCCCUGAAACGAACGUCAUUUUCGACAAUGCGCGAUUGGUUCAGAUGGGUUAUCUUGUUUUUAUGGGAAUACCAUAA